CGGAAUGGGAAUAAAGGUUGGGUUUUAAGGGAAGGGCGGCUCCCGGAAAGACAUGCUUUGGUUUGAAGGUGUAAGUGCCUGAUGGGUGAGUGCACCUUGUUCUGCACCCCUGCGCCCGACUCGGUAACUGCACGCGGCACCCCCACCCCCGACUCCCACGUAGACGGUCGUGCGGCCUGCGGUCCCCCGGCGGACGAGGCUAAUGGUUUGCUCCGCCCCGCCCACACAGAGGCCGCCCACUGGCUGCUGUCACGGCUCAGGACUCCUCGGUCAGACCAAAUGCAGAGGAAGGGCCGAGCCCGGCCCUCGGACUCUCGUAAGGGUAGGGGUCGCUGUUUUCAGGGCCCUCGCACCCAGAUCCAGACCAGGUCCCGGCCUCCACCCUCAGAUUUGCCCCUAAGAAGCCGGCCGCCUCCACCUUCAGACCAGGGGAGAGGAGAGGGUGCUGCCUCUGCUCUCUGACUUUGAAAAAGGCGUCAGGGCUUGGUCGACCUCAGCUCCCCCAAGCCCGCCCGC